CUCAAUUGCGGGUGAAAAACAGAGUUCACAUACAGCGCUGCACGGUACAAGUUGAACGGUGGCAUUUUUGAGAGCUCAACGGCUUCUCUAAUUCCUUAUUUGCUGCAACGGGAUUCCUCUAGGUCCGAUUUGACCUAUAAAUCAUGGUUUCAAGUCUACGACGCCUCGCGGCGGACCAUGCUGCGCUACAUAACUCGGAACUCCCGCCGAAUUAUCUCUUUCCUGCCGAUGAGACAUCGGCAGAUGAUCUGACUCAACUCGCUAUCCUCCUAACCGGACCUCAAGGUACUCCAUACUCGCAAGGGCUAUGGCGGCUUCAGCUGAAAAUGCCGGAGGAUUACCCAAAGAGUCCGCCCAAGGCGUCAUUUAAGACGAGAAUAUGGCACCCCAAUGUGGAAGAGCUAACCGGAGCCGUCUGUGUUGAUACGUUAAAACGAGAUUGGAAACCUAGCUUGACAUUGAGGGAUGUGUUGGUUACUAUAUCUUGCCUCCUUAUCUACCCCAAUCCCGAUUCUGCCUUAAAUUCCGCGGCUGGUGCGAUGCUUCAAGAAGAUUAUGACGCUUUUGCUCGUCAAGCCAGACUAAUGACAUCCAUCCACGCCCCCGUUCCGACAGAACUGAAGGACGCAGUUAUGGAAGCAAAACUCAGAGGAGAGGACGCUGGGACAGUUGUCAAAGAACAGGAAAUCGCAGACUCCCGCUCUGUCCGGUCACGAACGGAAACACGGGUCUCCUCAUUGACCAUGAAAGCAAGCCGAAGUAACAAUAAAGGCCGUGCCGACUCGCAGUCCCAAUCACAGCAUGACGGGCACAUGCAGCAAGAGCACCACGGCCAUGACCACAACACGAUCACAGAACUUUCCGACAGCGAGGAGGAGAUCAAUGAUGAGAAUGAAAACAUGUCUGGCGCCUCCAAAGAAAAUAAUCCAUCGUUGUCACCGUCGCCCGUAAAAUUCGCAUCACUCAGUCCCCGCAAAUAUCCCCACGGCAAACGCCCCCUAUCUGUUCUGGAGAUGCCAUUCCCAACAGACUCCGACAUCCCCAUGCUCGACACCGACAACACCGACCAGCAAGGAAUGACCGCUUCCGAGAAAAACAUUGCGGCAAAUACUAAUGCAGAUCCUACGACCGCUCGGGACCCUAUCUUAUUACCCCAGCGGAAGUCCCCGAAACUCACCAAUUCUAUGCUCUUUAGCAGCCACCACACAGCUACAAUCGCUUCCUCUAGUCGAGCCGGAGCUGACAUCGGCAUUUACGAAGAUACCCCCCUUUCCGAUACUCAUUCAUCGCUGCAUUACUGGUCCACCCGCGGUAAUAGUAACGGGAGGAGGAAUAGCUCGUCCACAUCCAAGGGUUAUAAUCACCCAAUGAAUAUGCCUAUACCGGUGUUAAGAAGUCAAUCCGGUCACGACAUUUCUCUUUCAUCAACUGGUUCUGGUUCUGAUUCUUCAAUCCCAAUAUCCGCUGCUCUUCCCUCCAGCUCUAGGGUAUCGUCGUCGAGCUCGAAUUCGAAACUGAUAAGCGCUUCCCGAAAGAUGAUGAUGCCUUCUAUGACUGCUUUCUCUACUUCCUCGACUUCAUCUGCAAAUUCCAAGAGAACAAAACCCAGAAUCGGGAUUCGGAGAUUAUAAUCCCUCUUUAAUUGAAUUGGGAUUAGAGAUCCAUCCUUUCCAUCCUUUUUGUUUGCAUUCAGAGGCUUUCACUUCUUUUUUGGGGGACUCACUCACAACAUUCAUAAUUUCCUUUAGCGUUUUCUGCUUAAUCCAUUCAUCCAU